AUGUCCGAUUUACAGCUUGAAUACCAUCCUGCAUCCAUAGUUCGAGCAUGCAUUAACUGGCACGCCAAUAACCGCCACGAACGUGUUCGCACUGCUGUGUCCCAGCAUAUCAGACCUAUCGCAAGUGAUGGCAAUCCAGACCGGCACACAAUGAUACUGCAUAUCGACGAAUCCAAGGAAAAACAUCGUCGGGAAGCUCUGCUAGCCAAGCUCUACCAAUACAGAAGCUUAUUCGGACGGAUAGCUGUCACUGAACCCCAAGGAGUUGACCGCAAUAUCUCUCACAUGCUCGCUCGAAGUCACACGCUGACUAGAGCGCUCAAGUACCGCACUCAGUUCUGUAAUCUGGCCGCAGCAAUCGAGACUGGGCGUCGUGAAGCCAGCAGUAUCCUCUACUUCUUCCUCGGCAUUCCUGUGCCUCUAGACAGUUUUAUAGUGGACCUCGCUUUGGCAGAGAGUGAGGGACACCAGCAGCAGAGUAGUAACCUCGGAAGGUCAACGGUCAACGCUGCUGCAGUUGACGAUGUAUCUAUCGAGCCUGGUGCGCUCAUGAUGUGGACAGGCCCUCGUGCACUGCAAGGCAUGGGCCGCUGCCACUUCCAUAGCGCUACUGAUCCUAUGAGCAGUGUUAUCACGUCACUGCCCGUUCCAAAUGAGUCAGAUGUGAAUACCGUCGUGGAUAUGAACAUCCUUGUCUCGAUGACCUGCCAGAAGUACUCAGUCGAGAGUCCAAACUUAGACACCUGGACAGGGAGCGCCACAGUGCCACUCAAAGCUGCCAGAGAGGACCCCGAGUCGCCCCCUUCAUUUCCCGUUCAUUUCGCCAAGCUACCUGUUUUAGCCGAGCGCUGA